CUGCCUCAUUCUGGAGCGCACAGACUUGACAGUGUUGUGGAUGCAGGGCGCACGCAGCUCUGUGGAAACCCACCGCAGGUGUCCUCUCAGUCUGCCAUGCUGAUCACAUGGUGGUAUUUAUACCUCGCAGCUCGGAGCAUCGCCCAGCAAUCUUUUAACAUGGCCUCAAUUCUGAAGAAGCUCAUCACCCCGGUCUUCAGUGGUCCUCCUGAGCCGCCCAGGAAUAAAGUGACAGUGGUGGGCGUGGGCCAGGUCGGCAUGGCCUGUGCCAUCAGCGUCCUGCUCAGGGAGCUGGCUGAUGAGCUGGCCCUGGUGGACGUGAUGGAGGACAAGCUGAAGGGGGAGAUGAUGGACUUGCAGCACGGCAGCCUCUUCCUCAAAACUCCAACAAUAGUCGCAGACAAAGAUUACUCUGUGACAGCAAACUCCCGCAUCGUGGUGGUGACAGCCGGAGUGCGUCAGCAGGAGGGGGAGAGCAGGCUGAACCUCGUCCAGAGGAACGUGAACAUCUUCAAGCACAUCAUCCCCCAGAUCGUCCGAUACAGCCCCGACUGCAUCAUCAUCGUGGUUUCUAACCCAGUGGACGUGCUGACCUACGUGACCUGGAAACUGAGCGGCCUCCCCAAGCACCGCGUCAUCGGCAGCGGCACCAACCUGGACUCGGCCCGCUUCCGCUUCCUGAUGGCUGACAAACUGGGAAUCCAUGCCAGCAGCUUCAACGGGUGGAUCCUGGGAGAACAUGGAGAUACUAGUGUGCCUGUGUGGAGCGGAACCAACGUAGCCGGAGUCAACCUGCAGAUGCUAAACCCUGACAUCGGCACCGACUGUGACGAAGAGAACUGGAAGGAGACGCACAAGAUGGUGGUGGACAGUGCUUAUGAAGUGAUCCGACUGAAGGGUUACACUAACUGGGCCAUCGGUCUCAGUGUAGCUGACCUGACAGAGAGCCUCAUGAGGAACAUGAACAGGAUUCAUCCAGUCUCCACCAUGGUGCAGGGCAUGUAUGGAAUUGAUGAUCAGGUGUAUCUGAGUCUGCCCUGCGUGCUGAACAGCGGGGGCGUGGCCAGCGUGGUCAACAUGACCCUGACAGAAGACGAAGUGGCCCAACUGCAGGACAGUGCCAACACCCUGUGGGACAUCCAGAAGGACCUGCAGGACAUCUAGAUGGCCACCAGGUGGGCGAUUUAGCUGCACCUCCCCAGCUGCAAAUCAGCAACUUCCACUCUGCAGUUUCAUCACCACCUCCAGCACCACCUCCACCCACUGCUCUCUGUGGAGUCCCAGGCGAAUGCACAGAGAUCCUGAUUCAGAUCUAGCUGUAGAAGUCAGAGAUCGUUCACUGUUGUUCGCUGGAGACAGAACGUGACGUCAGCUGAGUGAAAUGUUGCUCGGACUGUUUAGUCCUCGACUGUGUUGCAGCGUUGGGACCAUGUGUCACUCAUGUUGCUUCGAUGUGCAAUAAAGUUUGGUAAUGCAAGAAAA